AUGCUGGGCACCUCACUCCUCUCCGGAUCCAGAAACGACCACGGCUCGCCCUGCGCAAAAGUCGUAUCGACAUUCCCAUUGCGGAGAAGAGUAAUCGCCUCACCAUCAUUGUCCAGAAUCUGGCAUCUCAACGCCGGAUCGACGUCCGCACCAAUGGUCAAGACCGCCGAGUUCGAAAGCGGUCUGGGUGGCGAGGUCGAAUUCAUCGUUCAGUUGCACGCGGAUGGAGGUGUCUGCUCCAGCGGGAGGCGUAGCGGGAGCGGAGACUUUGACAAAGGCAGGGUCGCAGGUGAUGGAGCUGACAUCUUGCUCGCCGUCAACGAAGGCCCAUGGAGCGGAGGCGCCGCCAUCGGCGAAGGUGGUGUCUUGCACGCCAUUGCGGAUCAGGAGGAUCGGAAGCCCCGUGGCGGCACUGAUGAGUUGACAGCGGAGGGCUUUGUUGACCACAUCGGCUCCGAGACGGAGGUCGACGGUGUCAAAGGGGCCGGAAGAGCCAGUGCCGGACUUGGUGUCGGGGAGGGCGGUCUCGUCGAAGGUCGUGCCGGUGCCGAGUUCGAUGCGUUGGUUGGAGAGGCCGACGCGGAUGGAGGUGUCGGCUGCUGCUUGGCGGCGGUGGAUGGCUGGGGCGGCGAGGGCGCUGGUGAUGCUCAGGGCGGAGAGAAGGAGGGUGGAGUACUGCAUGUUGAUGGUGAGGACUUUGCUGAUUACUGCUGGGUAAAUAUUGAAUUGGAAGAUUGA